AUAUUGUCACAUCACUCCCAACAUUUGAGUAGUUCCUGUAAACCCUACCAAUGGGGAGAUUCUCCUAAGAAUCCAAACGCAGGCAGAACUUUUCUGCGGGAUUCUUUGUUGGGAACCCAAUCAUUGUCCUUAAAAGAGGGCGCUUUACAGAUUCUUCAAUUAGAGAGUUCUGAUUUUUUUAUAUAUUUUUUUAAUCUCAAAUAUGGCCAUUUCUUCAAGCUUCACAUUACAACAGCACUGCUGUUUGCCAAAGGAAUUUGUUUCGGCCGACCAAUCCACAAACCACCUCGUUUUUUCUCAAUCCAAGGUUCUGGGUUUUUCCCAAAAGCCCAAAUUUUCUAACCAUUCAAUCAGACAGGGGAUCAGUUUUAGGAGAAAUAGAAAUGAUUCUCGACUGUUGUUUGAGUUAAAAUGCAGUAAACAAAAUGACGCACAUCCGGUUUCAGAGGAACCCUUAAUCGAUCAUGGAAAUGGAAAUGGAGAUGAUGGUGGUGACGGGGCCUCAUCGGGCGGCGGAGGCGGCAGCAAUGGUGAUGGUGAUGGCGGUGGGGAAGGUGGUGGUGAUUAUGAGGAAAAAGAAUUUGGGCCCAUAAUGAAAUUCGAAGAUGUAAUGAGGGAGGCAGAGAAACGGGGAGCCGUUCUUCCUUCGGAUAUACUGGAAGCUGCUAAGACUACCGGGAUUAGAAGUUUACUUCUCAGUCGUUAUUUGGAGUUAGAGGGAUCGGGUGGCUUAUUAGGAUUUUUGAUGCGUCACUGCUCUAUGCUUAGGAAUCGAAUGCUUGCUGAUCCAUCUUUCCUGUUUAAAGUUGCAACAGAGGUAGUCAUUGAUACUUGUUGUGCAACAUUUGCGGAAGUUCAGAAGAGGGGUAAGGAUUUUUGGGCAGAGUUCGAGCUGUAUGCUGCAGAUAUUUUAGUUGGGGUGGUAGUUGAUGUUGCUUUAGUUGGAAUGUUGGCACCUUAUGCUCGCAUUGGGAAGCAGUCUGGUUCUGCUGGAUUCCUAGGGCGCCUACAACAUGCCUCUUCUUCUUUACCUAGCAGCGUAUUUGAAGCUGAGAGGCCAGGAUGCAGAUUUUCAUUGCAGCAACGGAUAGCUACGUACUUUUACAAGGGUGUAUUAUAUGGUGCAGUUGGAUUUACUUGCGGGAUUAUUGGUCAAGGAAUAGCAAACAUGAUCAUGACUGCUAAAAGGAGCAUCAAGAAAUCGGAAGAGGAUAUACCUGUUCCACCUUUAAUCAAAAGUGCUGCACUUUGGGGUAUGUCAACUGCCCUUACUUUAGUACCUGUCGUGUCUUACUUCCACAUCUGACUGUUUAAUUUGGUCGUUUUUGCUGGCAAAUGAAUUUCCUCUUGCUUUCAUAUUCAAGUGUCUUGUAUACAAUUAAGAAGCACCAGCAGCUUGAGUAUUUAGUCUGUCCCACCUCUUUUGAUCUUCUUGUUUGUUGUCCUUGUCUAUUUUUCUUUCUUGCUUGAUGAAAUUAUUGCUAGUUCAACUUGUGGGUUUUAAAGGUAAAUAUAGACUCCACAUGUUUCGGCGUGUCUUUCGUGAUGAGGUUAAUAUCUUUUUAGUAGUUUCAGGUAUAGACUAAGCUUUGAGCUCAAUCUCAUAAGUAUAAGAUCGCUUCAGUGAGAUCAUAGAUUGAUCUUCUAGAGAUUUUUGAGAGGGUGCUCCGAAGUUUCUUGUUCUGCCUGAAAUAACCGAUUUUUCUCUUCCAAUCACAUUUGCAAUCAUGUCUAGUGCGUUGCUGCUUCUGUUUUAUUUGUCGGGUUCGUGUUGUGAAAUGACAUCGGAACAAAUGGCAGUUUUUUCUACUUCCCUUGUCUGGCUUUACCAUGGUGCUUCUUCAAGUUGUGUCAGUGAUAAUUAUUGAGUUCUACAUAUCUCACUACCUGAAGUGGGCACUUUUGUUUGAGAUUCACCUACCAAGAAGUUACUCUUUUCCCUUUCGAACAGGUGUUUUCCUUGCUGUCUCCUCAAAUACUCGGUACCAGAUAAUCAAUGGACUGGAACAGUUGGUUGAAGCAUCUCCAUUGGCGAAGCAGGUUCGACCGGUUUCUAUGGCAUUUACAGUUGGUAUAAGAUUUGCCAACAACAUAUACGGCGGAAUGCAGUUUGUUGACUGGGCAAAAUUGAGUGGGGUGCAAUAAUACCAUUAUCCAUCGAGCUUUUCCCAAAUUUAGUUUCAGGAUUAGUAUUAGAUUCCAGGAAGAUUUUGGUUCAUGGCUUCUUUGCGCUUUUGGUGUUUUUAGUUUAUUCUCAUCAACAUGCUUUGUGAAGAAAUUUGUACUAAUUUGUUCCACAAAAAUAGCCAUGUUUUAUUCUUUUGAGGGAUAGUAAUGAAAUGUAUGAAUCAGAAGAUGAAAGUCUAUAUGGACCAGAGUUAGCCUUGAAAAGAUGGAGUAAGCGUGUUCAGUUACGCCUAGUAUUUUUGACUUCACUCUUGAUUUUGUUUUGAAAUGUAAGAUAACUGCUUCUAGACGUUAGAAACAUAUACAAUGCGU